UCUCUUUACUGAAUGGUGCUCUGCAGUCAGUCAACAUCCCUGUGACAUCUGCCAGGAUCAACAUGUGGGCAGAAAAACUCCUACUUCUUUUUCUACUCAUCUUAUGUACAGAGGGCAGGAUAAGAAAACGCAAUAACCUGCAUGACUACACAAAGACUUCAGACACUACUUUAAUACGAAUCAACAAGGAGCUUAAGAUAAAAACUAAAAUAUUGAACACAACAGAGAAUUGUGCCAAAAGAUGCAGUCGAAAUAAAGGGCUAGCCUUUACUUGCAAGGCGUUUGCUUUUGAUAAAAACAUAAAGAGAUGCCACUGGUUCUCUUUCAAUAGCUUGUCAACAGGAAUAAAGAAGAAACUAGAUCAUGCAUUUGAUCUUUUUGAAAAGAAAGAUUAUGUCCGUGAAUGUAUUAAUAGAAAAGGAAGUAAUUACAAAGGUUUACGGAAUACAACAAAAAGCGGCUUCCAGUGCCAGUCAUGGAAUUCAAUGGUCCCCCAUGAACACAGCUUUUUGCAUUCGAGCUAUCAAAGUAAAGACCUCAAUGAAAACUAUUGUCGAAAUCCUAAAGGAGAAGAAGGAGGACCUUGGUGUUUUACAAGAAACCCAAAAGUUCGUCAUGAAGUGUGCAACAUACCAUCAUGCUCAGAAGUGGAAUGUGUGAUCUGUAAUGGUGAAAACUAUAGAGGACCAAUGGACUACACAGAGACAGGAAAAGAAUGUCAGCGAUGGGACUUGCAAAGGCCACACAAGCACAAGUUUCGCCCAGAGCGAUAUCCUAACAAGGGUCUGAAUGAUAAUUACUGCCGCAACCCUGAUGGCAAGGCGAGACCAUGGUGUUACACGCUUGACCCUGACACCCCAUGGGAGUUCUGUGCAAUUAAACCCUGUGCAUACAGUACCGUUGAUCCCACCAAUAUUACAACAGAUUGUGUAAAGAGUCAAGGAGAAGGCUAUAGGGGAACUGUGAAAACAACCUUCAACGGCAUUGUGUGUCAGCGAUGGGAUUCCCAAUUUCCACAUCAGCAUAAUUUUGCUCCAGAAAACUACAAAUGCAAGGAUUUGAGUGAAAAUUACUGUCGAAAUCCUGAUGGAUCAGAGUACCACCCAUGGUGUUUUACAACGGAUCCAAAUGUUCGUAUUGGUCACUGUUCACAAAUACCGAAAUGUGAAGCUUCCAAUCAUAAAGAGUGUUACUAUGGCAAUGGCAUCACCUACAGAGGGACGAUAUCUAGAACUCGAUUCAGGCUUCCAUGUGCCAUGUGGGAGAAAAAUAUGGUUGACGUACGGAGACAUACAUUCCGUGAGCCAGAUGUUUCCAUACUUGAAAAAAAUUACUGCAGAAAUCCUGACAAUGAUGCUCAUGGACCCUGGUGUUAUACCGAUAAUCCUCUAAUACCCUGGGACUAUUGUCAGAUUUCUAGAUGUGAAGGAGACACUUCCAGCACAUUAGCAAAUAUAGACAACCCCGGUUCAUGUGCAUCAACCAAGCAUCUGAGAGUUGUAAAUGGAAGUCCAGCACAGGACAAGAAUGGAUGGAUGGUCAGCCUGAGACAUAGGAAUGGACAUAAAUGUGGAGGAUCUCUUGUAAAUGAGAAAUGGGUUCUUACAGCAAGCCAGUGUUUUCUCUCUGGAGAUGUUGACCUAAAAGACUAUGAAGCAUGGCUAGGAAUCCACAAUAUCUACAGCAAAACACAGAAGCAUAAACAAGUUUUCAAUAUUUCUCAGUUGGUGCAUGGGCCAAAAGGAUCACAUCUUGUUCUUUUAAAACUUUCCAAAUCAGCAGAACUUAAUGAGUAUGUGACACUUAUCAAAUUGCCAUAUUAUGGAUGUACAAUUCCAGAGAAAACAGUAUGUGCUGUGUAUGGAUGGGGGCACACAGGAACAAACAAUUAUGAUGGGCAGCUUCAUUAUGGGAAAAUGGUUAUUGUAGGAAAUGAAAAAUGCAACGAAUACCACAAAGGGAGGAUUACAGUCAAUGAGUCUGAAAUUUGUGCUAUUAAUGAAACCGCCACCAUUGCACCCUGUGAGCGUGAUUAUGGUGGCCCUCUUAUCUGUGCCGAAAACAGGACAGAUUUGGUUCAAGGUGUCAUCAUCCCGGGAAGAGGUUGUGCUGUCCAAAACAGACCGGUCAUCUUUGUUAGAGUGGCUUAUUAUGCAAAAUGGAUACAUAAGAUUAUCCUUACCUACAAAUCUGCAUAGACAAUUAUCGAAUACCAACAUUAACAAUGAUUUCCAAAGCUUUACUUGAUAAUCAAGUUGUGCUUCUUGUUUAUACUUAAUUUAUUGUCAUGUUCUCUUAUUGCUAAGAUGUUUGGUUUAUGUAGUGACAAAAUUCCUGAGUAUACUUGAACAAUCUUUAUAUGGACAAUAGGAUGAAAUGUUGUUGACUUUUAUGCUGCUCUGAUUUAUAGUUUUAUUUAUGGCCAAAUGUGUAACACUAGGUGUCCUCUCUUUAUUUAUUUUUGAACCAAACACAGACACAUAAAUCGUAGAAUGCCACCAAGCGAACCUCCACGGGCUCCCCCCCCCCCCAGCUUGUCACAAUCCUGAGAUCCUAAUAUCUACAGUACUUAAAGUACUUAAAGUCCUAGAACAUUUGUCAAAGCAAAGUAAUCUGCACUAACCAUAUCAAUUUGUAUUUAUUUUAUAAUGAAAAUUAAAUAAGAAAGAGAAAAAUCUCAAUAUAAUAUAAAUACAUUAAAAUGGCAAUAAGUAUGGUAAUUCUGAAGACUCUUUACCUCUCAUCCUUCCUACAUCUAAGUAGUAGGAAAAUAUUUCUGCAUUUAUUUUCUGUUAAUUCAUUACCCAAAAUGGUGUGGGAAGUUAUAAUACUUAUUUCAGUCUAGAAGAAAACCAACAGAAAAAAUAAUAUAGUAAUUUCUUAAGUGACUGGUCUUUGUGAAUGAACACAGAAAUAGACAAAUGUAGUGAAAAAAUCUCUGUAUCAAAAAGAUGAAAAUACAACCCAAUUACAUUUUAAUAAUGAGAAGUUAUGAAUAUACAUAGCAGAAAUGCUGCAGGUUUUCUGUCUGGGUUUUCCUCCAGAAAAGAGGAUGAAUUUUCAGCAAAUGAAAAAAGCAAAUCAGCAAAUGAAAAAAAGUGAUAGGAUCAUACUAUGAGGCAUUGUUUAUUUUUUUAUUUUAUAUAUAGCUAUUUUCCUAGGGGUUUUCAACUACUAGUCUUCAUGUUGUUUGCAGGAGCUUGUAUGGUGGGGCACAUAGUCCAUGUUGCUUUGCAGCUAAUGUGUAGUCCUGUGAAGUGUCAUGCAGUAUUUAAGGAACUAUAUUCCCUUGCUGUGCUAUAAAGUUAUCAAAGAGGGUUUCCAAGGGCAUACAGUUUUGUCUUUUUUUUUAUUUUUAUUUUUUAUAUAUGACUAGAGGUUGUGUAAAAAAAAAAAAUCAUACUCACCUAACCUUAUUCCUCAAAACUGCGGUUCUGAAGCCUCCCAUUCCCACACAUUACCAUUGCAUCUUCCUUGUUCCUGUGACUAGUCAUCUCUGUAGGAACUGCCCUUUCAGUCCCGCUGUGGUCACUUGUUACAGUGUCUGUGAUAGAUGGGAUGGGCGACAAAGAAAUGGCAGCUAUAGGGGAUUGGAGUAGGUGAGUAUGAAUGACUUAUUAUUUAUUUUUACACCCCCCCAAGCCAUAUGUAAAAAACAAAAUAUCCUUGAAAUAUGUCUUUGAAAAUAUUUUGGUUAAAAGGGAGAGAUAUUAUAAUCUAUUUUAAUUCAUCUCCAUUACUAUAAACAUGCAUUUCAGUACAAAACUAUUAGAGAUAAAUGGUAGGUUAUAUGUGCCAAACAAAAAAACACAUUUUCACAAAAAUGUUGUUUCAAGAUGAUAUCGCUUAAAUCCUUAAAUCAUCUAUGAAAACCACAGUAAGAAUUAUGCCAAUUUGGCUUGCCACAAGAUUAAAGGGUCUCUAUGAUCUCAUCUGCUAGCUGUCAGUAAGGCAGUGCACAGCUUAAGUGUCUGUGCUCAGUAGUUUCUAGGACACUUUAUUUUCUCCUAGUUUUCUGUUCUUUACAGUCCAGGUGCUAGGUAGCUUUCAUCUCAGGAUUACCCUUAUUAAACAACUAGUCAAUGACAUGUAGAGUAACUCCUGCUUAGUUCUAGUGAAUUUCUUAAAUUCUUCAUGAUGCUUUUUCUUGCUUAUUGUUUUUUUUUUGUUUUAUUUAUAUUACAUGUUGUUGGGACUGAUCAAUUGGACCUCUUCCAUUUCAGGACACAUUGUAGUUAUGGAAACAGCUACGUGAAUGUACUUGCUUAGUUGCCUUUUCAAUAUAGCUGACAGCACAUCUACUGACACAGAGCUUCUUGUUCUUGGUAGAGGCCACAAUGGAUCCCUAAUAAUACUUUUAUAUAAGGAUCUGUUCACACUUUAUAAUGGAGACAAUGAUGGUGGUGCAGGAUCCAGCAAACUAAGGACACCAAUAUCUCCUGAAAGACCCUAUUGACUUAGGUUCCAUUGUGGUGUCUAUCAUUUUGACAGGAAAAGUGCUGCCUGCUUUUGCUAUUCUUUAAAUGAAAUCUGAUGGAACUACUGACAAGGGCUCCAAGGUAUGGUGAACACAGCCAUAUUUAGACAUGCCAGUGAAAUAUUAUUAUAGCAAGGUGUCAAGUAAUAAAAGUGUAGGAAAGUAUGAAAUGGCUUCAGGAGCUGAACUCACUCCAUAUUUGGCAGGUGCUGGUUGCCAUCUGCUGCUGACACCCAUCAUCAGUGAUUGGCAUCAGAGAUCACUCUGAUGCCAGUCCUGUAAAUCAAUAGUGGCAGGAAGAGUUAAGAAAUAAUGUGACAGGUGUGAGAUAAACUAUUGCAGCCUGCCAUAGUCAAGCAGUAAUAAUAGCUUGUUGAAGAGACAGUACACAAUACACGCUAGUGCUAUAGUGUACUGUAUAAGUGUUUGAAAGCUCCCUUCUACUAAAUUGUAACAAAUUAGUAUAUAAAAAAAAGGU